ACUGCGCCUUCAACGGCUUCAGUCAUUCAAGCAGCUCAGCGCUGGUGCUCGUAAGACCUCCUGUUCUGUUAGGCCAUCUGGGUUGGGGUGAUCCGUGUCCCAAACCGGACCAGACCCCGAACAGCGGUCGCAGCUCUGUCAUUUUGUGGACAACUUUCCCGUCCAUGGUUCGCAAAUCGCCGGUCGUUGACGGGAAGCGAGCGUUUACGCGGCAGGAGCGGUGCUGUCAGCGAUAUAGCAAGCAGAAAGCGUUAUUUAUGCAACCAUAAACACAACUGCGGGGAUUUAUUAAUACUUCAACAUCAUCCUGAUGGAUUUAGAAACCGGAAGAAACGACCUGGGAGCGAUGGGAGAGUCGCUGCAGCCGCAGACCCCCAGUCGCCACGAGAAAAGUCUCGGACUGCUCACCACCAAAUUUGUGACUCUACUGCAGGAAGCGAAGGACGGAGUGCUGGAUCUGAAAGCUGCUGCAGAUACUUUGGCUGUAAGGCAGAAACGGCGCAUCUAUGACAUCACCAAUGUUUUGGAAGGGAUUGGACUCAUCGAGAAGAAAUCCAAAAACAGCAUCCAGUGGAAGGGUGUUGGUCCGGGUUGCAACACGCGCGAGAUUGCAGACAAGCUGAUAGAUCUCAAGUUGGAACUGGAGGAUCUGGACAGAAGGGAGCAUGAACUGGACCAGCAGAGAGUUUGGGUUCAGCAGAGCAUCAAGAAUGUGACCGACGACUCGCUAAACAGCCCUCUGGCAUAUGUAACACAUCAAGAUCUCUGCAAUUGCUUCAAAGGUGACACUCUUCUUGCAAUUAGAGCUCCUUCAGGAACACAGUUAGAAGUUCCUGUGCCUGAAUCGCAUGUCAAUGGACAAAAGAAGUACCAGAUUCACUUGAAGAGCUCUGCAGGUCCCAUCGAGGUGCUCUUGGUGAAUAAAGACCCCUCUAGUUCUUCUCCAGUGGUUCUGCCUGUGCCUCCGCCAGACGACAUGCUUCAAAACCUGUCCACUCCCGCUUCAACUACCUCUGCUGCUGCACCCACCAAACCCACAGCUAACAGUACACCAUCUCCCGCCUCCACCUGCCAGAGUCCCAGCACAACCACCACCAGCAGCACUGCCAUCACCACAACCACCGUCCCUCCCAACACAAACUCUGGCCCUCCUGCUGUGGCAGACACAGACAUUUCAAGCACCUCCACCCCAGAUACAACAGCCAAUCCAACACCUUCAACAGACACCCAGCAGCUGCAGUCAUCCGCUUCAUUGGACAGCUCUUCACUUCCUGAUUCCUCAACGCUUUUUGAACCAAUCAAAACUGACCCUUCAGAUUUGCUAGACUUCCCCAAAGAACUUUCAGAAAUGUUUGACCCUAAAGAAAUAAUGAGUACAGAUUUGCUGGAGGAGCUGAUGUCAUCAGAAGUUUUCUCUCCGCUCCUCCGUCUUUCCCCUCCUCCGGGUGACCAUGACUACAUCUAUAACCUGGAUGAAACGGAGGGCCUUUGUGACCUUUUUGACGUUCCCGUUGCCAACCUUUGACCUCCAAACUCACCGUAAUAUGAGCAUAGUGUACUGAAAAGACUUUCUUUUUUUUUUUUUUUGAAAGGAGAAAAAAAAAGAAAGAGUGGCUCUGUGUCAGAUCCAUAUGUAUUAUAAGCUGAUUCUGUGUGUAUAUAAAGCUUUUUUAUAUGUGUAUAUUUACUCCAACCCCAAAGUGGCUGGCUGCAAAUGAACUUUUCCCUGCUAAAUUUUGAUCUGAUGAAGAUCAGACGUCCAUACGAAGCAUCUUUCUUAUUCCGGAACUGAUGUUUUUAUACUGCUUUUGUAUAGAAGUUCACGUUCAACACACAAAUAAGGCGAAAUUCACCAGCAACUGAUUAGUGGUUCGAUGCAAAUACCAGCUAGAUGUGUCAUUUUUUCUUGUUAAAUGGUCUUCCUGUCGUAAAGUAGCACCUUUUUCCUCAUUUUAUUGUUUUUAUUAGUGUGUUUACUGAUCUAGACACAACCGGCAUACAGAUUAUUAAUGAAAAGUGAGUAAUUACUAUGCUUUUGAACAAAGCAUUGCUCCGGUGCAUAGUUUAAAGCAAUCAGCCAAUAGGAAAAUGUAGUUUUCAUCAUGCAGAAGUGAUUGUUAAAGGGAUAGUUCACUCAAAAAUUACAUUUUGCAGUUGAUUUACUCACAAAAAAGUGAUUCUUUGGAAAUGUCACAGAAAACAUAUUCCUGCAGACAAAGCAGAAUUAAUGCCUAUUACUCUUAAUAAUACAUUAAACAACUGGUCUGUGCAAGAAACUGAGUUUUUACAACGUUACUUGCUACGUAAGACUUCAAUCUAUCAUUAAGAUCUAUGGGUAUUAAUUUAGUGUUGCCUGUAUAUAAAUGUUUUGACUUUUAAAAUGCUGUUAGCAUUACAUUUUCAUUUUAUAAAUGAUUGACAAAUUUUUUACUCUAUAAAAAAACAAGUAAUCUACACCUCAGAUAGACAAUGAGUGAGUAAAUGAACACCAAAUGUUCAUUUGUUGGUGUACUGUGUCUUUAAAUUACACUAAUAACUGCAGAGGUUGCAAAAGAGGCUAUAAUUGAGAUCUUUACAGUGGUGCUAUACGACAAAAAGUAAACUAAUCUUAGCAUCAGUAAAAGAGAAGGAAUGUACUUUUAAGUGUUGGAUGAACCAUUCCUACUAUAUUUUUGGUGUGUUUGCAUAUGACUUUAAUCUUGUUCAAUGCUGCAGAAAGGUCGCACGUAAAGUUCUCUACAAAAAUGUUCAAUCAGAUGCCCUUCGCUAUUUUUGUAUAUGAAAACUCCCGACGUGUUUUCAGUCCAUUCUGUCCCCCCUUUAUAUAUAUAUAUACACGUGUAUAGAUACUUUAGCAAGUAAGUUGAAGUCUUCAUAAUGUUUGUAUAUGAGAAUAACUGUCUAAAGAAGGAUGUGGGUUUGGGGGGGGAGGAAGUAAAGACGACACGAUAUGACAAGAAAUAAAGUAUCAAAACGCGCUGUCCAAACUGAAUGUCAUGAUGUGGGUGGUACUAAUAGUUGGCCCUGCUAAAAACAGUAAUCAUUUCCUGUUCCUAUCUGUGAAAUAAUAUUUUUGUGCUCGGGCGCUCUAAGUAUUUAGCAUUUAUUUUUGUACUAGAUGUCAGACUGCUCUGUUUUUCAGUAGAUGGAUAGUCUGCGUUUUUUUCCCCUUUGUUGCUUAAUUCAGCAGUGCACUUUACAACAGUUUUGUCACGGAGGUCAUGUUCAGCCCUGUGCAUUAAAUGGCUUGGCGAAUCACUCUUACAGCAUCCAGGGAAUUUCAGUAAUGUCAUUAUACAGCUAAAUACCGGAACUGUUCUUUACUGGAAUCCAAAUGAAAUAAAGGACUUUUUUUGUAA